AUGCUUAAGAAGAUUGAUCCAUCAAACUCUGUCUUGGUGGCUUAUUUGAAGAAUGUAAAUCCUUCAAUUGAAACUGGUGUAUUGUUACAAAGCAGUAAUGAAGGAUCAUCAAAGAAGCCUAAGAAGUCCAAGAAGGCUACUGAUGAAGUUAUUGUUCAAGAAAGUCUAAAGAAAGUUAAGUCUAAGUCUCCUAAGAAGGUCAUUGUUGAACAGGAGAAAGUUUCGAAGAAAAUUAAGAAGCCUAAGGAGAAGGUGAUUACUGAGUCUUUGAAGGAGUUAAUCCCUUCGAAAUCAGGAGUUUUUAAGCGUUUAAGGAAGAUGUCUCACAAAUCACGAAACUCUUCUGAUGAUCAAUCACCAACUGUUCGAAAGACACAGAUAAACAGCAGAGGGGUAAUUGUUCGUGAUAUACCAACUCCGGUAUCACCAUCCUCGAAGAAAAGAAGAGCUGAGGGUGUGGCAAAGCAUAUUGUCGAAAAGAGAAAGAAAAGGAAGUUGGUUGUUCGUGAAGAAUCCUCUGAUAGUGAAAUUGUCCCAGACGCACCACUGGGAUCGAAUUCUCCAAACCUAUCAUUACCAUAA